AUGCGUCCUCUCACAAACGAAGAAACAACUACGCUUUUCGAGAAAUUAGCAAAAUACAUCGGAUCGAACAUUAAGCACUUGAUUGAUCGGCCGGAUGAAACUUACUGCUUCCGUUUGCACAAAGAUCGAGUAUACUACCUCAGUGAGAGCAUGGUACGCAUAGCAACUUCUGUUGGUCGAGAUCAGUUGGGAUCUGCUGGUGUCUGCUUCGGCAAGUUCACCAAAACCGGAAAGUUUACGCUCCAUGUCACCGCUUUGGAUCACUUGGCACAAUAUGCAAAGCACAAGAUCUGGAUCAAGCCAAAUGGUGAAAUGACAUAUCUCUAUGGCAAUAAUGUUGUCAAGGCACAUUUGGGUCGCAUUACGGAUGAUACACCUGAACACACUGGUGUUGUUGUUUAUUCCAUGACAGACAUGCCUUUGGGUUUCGGUGUCACUGCUCGAUCAACAGCAGAUAUGAAGAAGCUUCAGCCAACGGAUAUCAUUGUGUUCCAUCAGGCAGAUGUUGGAGAAUACCUUCGCUCUGAAGAUACUUUAUUAUAA